UUUUUCUCAGUAAAUAGAGAUGCUUGUUUUUAAUAGAUGAGCAGCAACAGCAAUAAGAGAGCUCCAACGACAGCAACACAGAGGCUGAAGCAGGACUACCUUCGUAUUAAGAAAGACCCGGUGCCUUACAUCUGUGCUGAGCCCCUCCCUUCAAAUAUUCUCGAAUGGCACUACGUUGUCCGAGGCCCUGAGAUGACUCCUUAUGAAGGUGGCUAUUAUCAUGGAAAGUUAAUUUUCCCCCGAGAGUUUCCUUUUAAGCCUCCUAGUAUUUACAUGAUAACCCCCAAUGGAAGAUUUAAGUGCAACACGAGGCUGUGUCUCUCCAUCACGGAUUUCCACCCAGACACCUGGAACCCAGCCUGGUCUGUCUCCACCAUUCUCACGGGGCUCCUGAGCUUCAUGGUGGAGAAGGGUCCCACUCUGGGCAGCAUAGAGACUUCGGACUUCACGAAAAGACAGCUGGCAGCACAAAGUCUAGCGUUCAAUUUAAAAGAUAAAGUCUUUUGUGAAUUAUUUCCUGAAGUUGUGGAGGAAAUUAAGCAAAAACAGAAAGCACAAGAUGAACUCAGUAGCAGGCCCCAGAAUCUCCCCUUGCCAGAUGUGGUUCCUGAUGGGGAGACACACCGCGGCCAGAAUGGGAUCCAGCUCCUCAAUGGGCGCGCACCAGGGGCCGGCCCAAACCUGGCGGGGCUCCCGCAGGCCAACCGGCACCAUGGACUCCUGGGCGGCGCCUUGGCGAACUUGUUUGUUAUAGUAGGGUUUGCAGCCUUCGCCUACACGGUCAAAUACGUGCUGAGGAGCAUAGCACAAGAGUGAGGGCCGAGCCGGAAGGCCGGACACGCCGCCCAGCGCGAGCGCCCGCCAGACUUCACAGGCCACCGAGAGCGCCCGCCAGACUUCACAGGCCACCGAGAGCCCGCCCAGAGCGCCCGCCAGACUUCCAAGUUUCACUUUCUAGACACUAAAAAGAAAGCGAAAAACCAAAAUGUGUGAUUUGAAGGAGACGCAGAGUCCAGCCCCCUCUUCUCACCCGUGUCCUGUGGUGUGGUGUCUGCUGGCGCAGCCAUGGCUGGGUCCCUCAGACUAUGAUUUUAUAGCUUAUCUCCUGUGUUGUCUUUGGACCUGUUUAGUAAACUUGUUUUUCAUUUUAUUAGAUUUGGUCAUUUAAAAAUACAAACUCAUUGCCUAUCAAA